UGGCGGCGCGCCGCCGCCGGCUUGGCCAGCGCGGGCUGGCCUCUCAGUGGCGAAAGCGACGGGGGCUGCGGGCAUGGGCGAUGGGGGCGCAGAGCGCGACCGGGGCCCUACACGCCGGGAGUCUCGCGGAGGGCGCGGCGCCGACAGCCGCGCCGCGGAAGAGUCGAGGGCUGAUGCCGGCGGCCACAGCCCGGGGGAGACUGCCAGGACCUCUGCCUGUAGCCCCGCGGGCUCCAGGGAGAGCGGCGCGGACAGCGACGGGCAGCCGGGGGUUGGAGAGACAGAUCACUGCCGCCGCAUCCUGGUACGAGGGAACUCACCCGCCUCCUCUCAUGGCCCCUGCAGAUGCCAAAGGGACCAUCCGGGAAAUUGUCCUUCCCAAGGGCCUGGACCUGGACCGGCCGAAGCGGACCCGCACCUCCUUCACAGCUGAGCAGCUGUACCGCCUGGAAAUGGAGUUCCAGCGCUGCCAGUACGUGGUGGGCCGGGAGCGCACUGAGCUGGCCCGCCAGCUGAACCUGUCGGAGACCCAAGUAAAGGUCUGGUUCCAGAAUCGCCGCACCAAACAGAAGAAAGACCAGAGCAGAGACCUGGAGAAGCGGGCAUCCUCCUCCGCGUCUGAAGCCUUCGCCACUUCCAACGUCCUGCGGCUGCUGGAGCAGGGCCGACUGCUGUCUGUGCCCAGGGCCCCCAGCCUCCUGGCCCUGACACCUGGCCUGUCGUCAGGCCUGACUGCCGGCCACAGGGGCACCUCCUUGGGUGACCCCAGGAACUCCUCCCCACUCGUCACCCCACUGACCUUGGUGUCCGCGUCACCUCCGCUGCCGCCCCCUCCUCCAGGGCUCUGCUUCUCCACUGCACCACUCCUGGACCUGCCCUCGGGCUAUGAACUGAGCUCCUCGGCCUUCGAGCCCUACAGCCGGAGCUACAGCAGGCUAGAACGGAGAGUGGGCAGCCCUGGUGGCACCAAGAAAGCAAACGCUUGAGCCUGCACCCCCAUGUGACACUUUGUCCCCAAGCACAGCACCACCCUCGCCUCACAACCGGACCUAGUGGAGGUGGGCAGCCACAUGACCUGCCCCACCUGCCCCCCAGCUCAGAGACUCUCUAGACCAGGACCAUGCAGUGCUGGUCCCAAAGUUUGUGUGUGACAGUGUGGUGUGUGUGUGUGUGUGCCCCUCACUGAAAUA